AUGAAGCUGGCCAGCUGGGCAAUCCAUGCCAUGGCCCUGUCCUGCACCUUUUCUGGCUGGGAAGUGGUGAACGGCAGUAACAAUGAGGAAGACCCUCAACCUUCAUCCCCUCGACCAAUAGGAGAUAAGAAGAGACCCCUUGACAACAGUCUGCGCAAGCACAGAGCUCCAAGUCUCUGUCUCUCUCUCUCUGUCACUGUUCUUGUGUGUCUCUCCCUCCUGCUCCAUGUCCCACCGCUUCUCACUAUAUCCUUCUGUCCUGCUUCCUGGCCCUUUCCUUUUUCACUCCUUCUCUGCAUCCAGGAUCCCUGGACAGUAGGCUCAGGGCACAUAUGUGGAGGGUCCCUCAUCAGCCCACAGUGGGUCCUCACAGCAGCCCACUGCUUCAUCAAUGCCAGCUACAUCUCCACGUGGCGCGUGGUGAUCGGGGCCAACCGCUUGUCUCGGCUGGGCCCUGAGGUCCAAGUGCGCCACAUCAGGCAGCUCCUGAUCCACGAGCACUAUAACGCACCCACGCAUUGGAACGACAUCGCCCUGCUGGAGCUGGACCAGCCCGUCCAGUGCAGCUCCUACAUACAGCUGGCCUGUGUGCCUGACAUCUCGCUGAGAGUACAAGAGCUGAAAACCUGCUACGUCAGUGGCUGGGGUGCCACCACUGCCAGAUCAGCCUCUGUAAACGAGAGUGAUGUCCUGCAGGAGGCCAGGGUGCACCUCAUUGGUACCGGCAUCUGUAACAGCAGCUGGUGGUACAGAGGGGAAAUCCACCACCACCACCUGUGUGCUGGCUAUGAACAGGGUGUUAUCGACACCUGCCAGGGUGACAGUGGUGGCCCUCUGGUCUGCAAAGAUAACUGUGGUGACUACUUCUGGCUGGUUGGAUUGACCAGCUGGGGGAGAGGAUGUGCAAGAGCAAGACAGCCUGGGGUUUACACUUCCACACAGCACUUCUACAACUGGAUCCUGGUGCAGCUGGGACUGCGUGCAGCAGGGAGGGCUGCUGAAUGA